AUGGACCGCAUUACCGCACGCGCUGACAACGACUUUGCUGUUGUCUUUUAUGGCACGCUCUGGGUAGCUGCGCUUUCUCUUAUCUGGCUUACUUGCCGUGCGGACCCCGAGGAGCCUGUCAAGUAUGUUGUUGAGACGCCUGAGCAAGCCAAGAAAGGAUGGAAGGGCCAGGUGCUCGAGAAGCCUCAAUUGAAGGUGUCAGCCUCAUCCUUGAUCCAAUGCUACGCCCCCGCGACCGGUCAAGCCCUCGGGCGCGUCAACCCCUCCACAGCUGAUGGUAUCGACCGCGCAAUUGCGAAAGCCAAAGCGGCGCAGGUGCAAUGGGCUCAGACAAACUUCCUCAAGCGUCGCAAGGUACUGCGCACUAUGCUCAAGUUCAUCCUCGAGAACCAAGAGGAGAUUGCGAGGGUGGCAUGUCUGGACUCGGGCAAGACCAUGGUGGACGCUGCCCUGGGCGAGAUACUGGUGACGGUAGAGAAGCUGAGAUGGACGAUAAAGCAUGGUGAGAAAAGUUUGAGGUCUGAGAGGAGAGAUACAAACUUCCUCAUGAUGUACAAGUGGAACGAGGUCGUAUACGAGCCGCUGGGUGUUGUUGCGGCUUGCGUGAGCUGGAACUACCCGUUCCACAACCUUAUAAGUCCCGUAAUCGCCUCCAUCUUCGCCGGUAACGCCAUUAUCGUCAAAGGCUCAGAGGCGACUGCCUGGUCCUCGUCAUACUUCGCCUCGAUCGCUACUCGUGCUCUCGAAGCAUGCGGCCACUCGCCCGACAUCGUACAGUCUGUCGUCUGCUGGCCAGACGUUGCCGACCACCUCACGUCACACCCGUCAAUAUCACACAUAACUUUCAUCGGAUCGCGACCGGUAGCGCACCACGUAUGCGCCUCAGCAGCAAAGGCAUUGACACCGGUUUGCGUGGAGCUGGGCGGCAAAGACCCGGCGAUAGUGUUGGAUGACCUAUCCAACAGCGACUUCAAGCGUGUAGCUAGUAUCCUUAUGCGUGGUACAUUCCAGUCUGCAGGUCAGAACUGCAUCGGCAUCGAGCGCGUCAUCGCCUUACCAAAAGUCUACGACCGCUUCAUUGAGUACCUCACACCCAAGAUCCGCGCACUGUGCCCCGGAUCCAUACUCGACAGCACCUCAGACACACCCAUCGACAUCGGCGCAUCAAUAUCUGAUGCAAGUUACUCCAAGCUCGAAGACCUCAUCCAAGAUGCCGUCAACAACGGUGCUCGCCUCCUCGCAGGUGGAAAACGCUACAACCACCCCGACUACCCCCAAGGCCACUACUUCACCCCUACCUUCAUUGCCGACGUCACCCCCACCAUCGCCAUCGCCCAAACUGAGCUAUUCGCCCCCGUCUUCCUCCUCAUGCGCGCCGAAUCCGUCUCAGACGCUAUCUCCAUCGCAAACAGCACCACCUACGCCCUCGGCUCCUCCGUCUUCGGUACCUCGACCCGCGACCUCGAACUUGUUGUUCGCUCCCUGCAAGCUGGUAUGGUUGCUGUCAACGACUUUGCCGUUUACUACAUGGUUCAGAUGCCGUUUGGUGGGACAAAGGGGAGUGGGUAUGGAAGGUUUGCAGGGAAAGAGGGGCUGAGGAGUCUCUGUAAUCAGAAGAGUGUUACGAGGGAUCGGUGGGCUUGGGCGGGUAUUAAGACGGGAAUUCCGCCGCCUAUGGAUAUUCCGCUCAAGGGAGUGGGGGCAGGAGAGAAGGCGUGGAAGAUGGCGGAGGGGAUUGUUUGGUUGGGGUAUGGGGAUUUGAGGGGGAAGGUUAGGGGGCUGAGAGGGGUGCUAGGUCUGUAA